AUGAACAAUAAUAAUUCGUUGCUUAUCGUAGCAUUUGUAAGUUUGUUAAUAGGCUUCGUACUAGGAAAAUCAUUAAAAAAAUUACCUAAAAAUUAUGAUAAUUCCUCAUCCUCAAUAAAUCCAAAUGAUUUUGAUGAAUUUAAAUUAGUAUUAUUAAUUCGAAAUGACCUGGGAAUGACAAAAGGAAAAGUGGCAGCACAAUGUUCUCAUGCAACAUUAGCAUGUUAUCAAUCGUUGCAAAAAUCAAAUCCUCAGCUAUUAGAAGCAUGGGAAACUUCAGGACAGCCUAAAAUUACAUUAAAAGUUAAAGAUUAUGAUGAAAUGUUAUCAUUGGCAAAUAAAGCAAAAGAAUUUGGAUUAUGUGCUAAAAUAAUUCGAGAUGCUGGACAUACACAAGUUGCUUCCGGAUCUUCUACUGUACUUGGCAUUGGUCCAGGACAUUUGAAAUUAUAUUAA